AUGUUCAAAGUCAUCCUAUCCGCAGCUCUCCUCGUCUCGUACACCCUCGCCGCCGACUCUUGCACAGCUAAUGACAUCGCCGGUCUCAACAACUGUUACCAGGCUUUCGUCGGCGCUUACGGAUUCUCGAUGAGCAACGUUUUGCCACAUUACUGGGAUAUGCACCAAGUGCGCACCGGAUGGCUUGAUGCCCAAGGAGUCAAAGUGCAACCAAAGAUUUGCCAAAUCGGAAACAAUUUGGUGAACUGUAUCGCGAAAUUCCCGUGUCUCUCCCAGGAUACAUUCUUGACGAUGGGUGCUGACUCGACUGAGUCUCCCCGUUGGUUCCUCGACAAGAUUGCCACCAAGUAUCAAUGUGGAGAGGGAUAUCAAGUUCUCCUCCAAGAUUACUACUGUAUGGCGGCUUGCCGUGAGCACCGUGACGACGCGCUCUCCGCUUGCAGCACGAUGAUGCAAAACGAGAUCGCUCAAGGAACCGAUCCAUGCGUAGCCACAAAUGACAUGAUCACUUGCCAAGCGCAAAUCUAUUCCACCUAUUGUGAUUUCAACUCGGGCGCCUUCAACUGCGGACUCAACGAGGCUGUCAUUAAGGAGACCCAACCCGCUUGCACCCCGGCCCUCCAAAUGUGCCCCAAAUUCCAAUUCUUU